UUAAAUCUGCAUGCCCGCUGGGCGCCCAUCGCCACUCGCCAUGGAAAGCAGGCUUAUCCCCACACUGUGGACACUCCUAGAUCACUUGUGCCAAUAUCGGGCAAGUCAGUACUGGCAGAGUAGCAGCCAGAGCUAUAGUAGACGGGCCUUCCACCGCCAACUUUUGUUUAUUGCAAGUCGCUGUAAGCUGAACAGACUUCCUGGCAUCUACUUUUAUUCGUGAAUAGAUCGAUAGGGAUGCGGACCUGCAUACGUCGUGUUAGCGAGUCGGCCAGGGUUGGCCGGCUCGCUGGCAAGACGCUGCUGCGCGUCGGCGUGCCAUCAUGCGAUGUGCGCACAGUCGCCGCGAAGGCGAUGACAGAGACGGCUGUGUUCCUGGAGGAGAUUGCGGUGUCGCAGACGCCCAAGCGCCUGCAGGGCCUCAUGCGGGUGCUGGAGGCGCAGGGCAGCUCGGCGCUGUCGCCCGCGGACCGGCGCGGCCUGCACCCGCUGCUGGUGCCGCUGGUGGCGCAGGGCGAGGACGUGACCUGCCUGCUGCGCUGGCCGGAGCCGUCGCAGUACAAGACCAUGCCGCUGCCGGUGGUGCGCAUGACGCGCGGCGCUGUGGGCAUGACGCUGGUGGCGCGCUCCGUGGACGAGCUGCUGCACCGGCUGCUGGCGGAGGAGGACUACGGGGCAGCAGACGCAGGCGCCACUGCCGGGCGGCCGCUGCUGGCGGCGGCGGGGCCGGACGCGGAGGGCUUGUUCAAGGCGGGCGACGUGGCGGCUGCGGGUCUGGGCGGCGGCAAGGGCGGGCAGCAGGGGCUGGCGCUGUACCUGAUCCGCAAGGCGGGCAUGUACCCGGAUGUGUGCGAGCAGCUAGCGCUGGGGCACCUGGCGCGGGGGGACAAGACAUCCGCCAUGGUUGCUGCUGAGUGGUACAUGCGCAACGGGCACUUUGUGGGCUGGGCGCGGCCGUACGAGUUCGCCUCCGACCUGUUCAUGCAGCUGGGCCGCGGCGAGGAGGGCAGGGACAUGGCGCGCAUGGGCCUGCGCCUGCCCUGGUGGUCCCUGCGCGCGCCCUUCCCCGCCGUGGCCACCACCGCGGCCCUGCCCGUGGAGGCAGACCGCGUCAUGUACCUACUCAGCGAGGAGGCGGCGGCGGCGGCCUCGGCCACCGUCAACAAGACCUUCCAGGCCUACCGCGAGCCCAAGACCACCAAGCAGCUGGCUCUGGAGCGCGCCACUGCGCUGAUGAACCGGGUGGUGGCGGGCGAGGCGGAGGGCGGCUACGACGGCAUCCGGGAGCAGCUGGCGGCGGCCUACAGCGAGGCGGGGCUCAGCGAUGUGGCCAACUUCAUCCAGGCCGCAUAAAUAGGGGAGGAGCGGGAGUACUGCAGGAGGAGGAGGAGGAGCGGGAUGGCAAGUUGAGAUAGGAGAGCGGGAUGCGUGGUGCAGGGGCUGUGCAGUGGGAGCGAGGUGGUGGUGAUGGCCGGGGCAACCUAGGCGUAGCGGCACAGGUGCAGGAGGUGGUGUGGGAGGGGUGGCUUGGAGCGUGAGGAUUGCGGAGCAUGAAGCACCAUACAGUGAGUGGAGCUCCCGGAGAUCAGAAGAGACGUAUGCGUGUUGCGAGUGACCGGUGCAGGAGGUGCUGCAUUGCACACGCUAGUGCAGUUGCCCUUUAAUGGUGAUGAGGCAUAGGCUGCGUUAGAAAUCGGAGACGAGCAGACGCACGCCACGUGGUACUGCUCUGGACUUGUCGCGCGUUACUAGGAGGUGAGGUCGUGGUGAAGCCCAGCCGUAGUCGUAUGGGUGUUGUGGCGUUUGCCAGGUGGCUGGCUAGCCAACAGACCGGCUGCUGAAGGAGCGGGUGGGGAGCUGGGCCUGUCUGGUGUGCGGGCUCACACCCCACCUCUGCUGGUGGUGUUGGUCACAGCGAGGUGCAUGAGCGGUGGGGGGGGGGGCCAAGCAGCGCUUAGCAAACACAGGCGCAGGGUCCCCUGAUCUGCACGAGGUGAUGCUUUGACCAGUGGAUACCGACUGACUGUCACCGAGAAGAGAGCUGAUGUGCACGCUUGAUGAAGUGGUCGUUGUUUGUAUGUCCUUGUGCGGCAAGAGGGAAAGCUUGAAGGGUUGGACUUUGCCGGUGCAGUUGGGCGUGCAGCCCAAGUCAAUUCUUGAAUGCGAUCAUCGGCAAUGAUGCUAUACUACUGUUCUGGCACGAUGCUUCAUUGUACGGCGUAAGGAGCGCUGACCUGGGAUCAGCUGUCAGGCGGAAGCGGCCUGGGGCUGGCAAGGGUGUCGGCGGGAAUGUGGCGUGCACAUGGGACUCCGGCUGGACGUGGAGCGCCAGAGCUCUGGAGAGGCUGGAAGUCACCGAAUGCCAUGCGCGCAGACGGCCAGGUGACGGCUUCAGGGGAACCUUGUGUCCUGGCCUCAGCUGGUCCCGCCUGUAAACUAUUCGAUGU